UAGACCUAUAAUAAUGAUAUUUAUUAUGAAUCAAUGUUUAUUUACAAAAGAAGGCAAUGCCAUAUAAGCAGCAUAGCAUUGCGUGGGUGGGGCUAAAAAGCAACAAUGGAUUUGGACUCUUCUUUCCUCGACUACGCUAACUGCAGCGACCAAAACGACACUACUCCGCUGUUUAUCAACCUAACUGUUGUCUCUAAUGUCGUCAUAGCCUUCCACGCUACCUUCAUUUCUCUCGUUAUAGUGACUGGGCUACUAGCUAACUCAACUGUGCUUGUCCUGGUCGCUAAAGACAAGCGACUCAGACACAGGUCGAUCGUAGUUGGGCUCAACAUAGUGUUUGUUGAUAUUCUGCUAACUAUAUUCUAUCAUGGAGUUAUACUAACUAACUGCCUCUCCAAGGGAUGGUCAUACAACGAGCAGCCUGAACCAGACCUCAUCUGUAGAGCAUACGGUGUGCUAACGACUGUCCUCCUAAAUAUUAGGUGGUUUGGAAUUGCAGUUUUAACAACUGAUCGAUUUUUGACUGUUAAGUUUCCUUUCAGGUACGAAAAAUAUAGCAGACGAUUCUUGAUAGUAGCAUCAUUAUUAACAUGGACAAUACCACCAGGAUUAGCUAGCUUGCUUUCACUAUCACUUGUCAGUUACUCAUUCAGAGCUAACAUUCCGACCUGUUUACCUUCCUGCAUCAAUGCCACGUAUCGCAUGGCAUGUGCAUUAAUAAACACUGGUAUUGUCAUGAUCAUGUUUAUCAUUGGAUGUAUAAUACCAUCAGGGAUGUAUAUUUGGAUGUAUCGCAAGGCAAGAAAAAUGCGGACUAAAUAUACACUUGGUGAACUAGCACUGAAUGUGACAACUAGCGUGGCAGUUAAAAAUAUAAGGAAAGCACAAAAUACCAGAAGUCAAUAUGAUAGGCAAGCAAUGGUAACAGUUUUCCUAAUAUUUUUGAGUAUACUGUUUACUAGUUCACCAUCUUUCUUAUUCCUUAUCGUACGACAAAUCAGUAUAUGUAUAUUCUUCAAAAUACCUGUUGUAAUUCACUUCAUCGUUACAGAUAUAUUUAUUGUAUCUACAGCGUUAGAUCCUUUAGUACUAAUGAAAAAUCACGAUUUUCGCACUGUUAUAUACGAAUUAUUUCACAAAAAAUGCUGGUGCAGGCAUCAUGUAACAGAUGGAAGAACAUCUUCAACAGAAGCUGAAACUCAAUCAUCAUCGGCAAACAUAAAUGAUAUGCAUGAAACGAACUUAAAGAACUGAAUAUUAAUAUUAUGAUUUUGUUAGACAAUAUCCACUCUAUAAUAGAUAUAAUUAUCGUCUUUUGACAAACAUUCUUAAUGUAUACUUAUAGAAAUGAUCAAAGGGUUCAAUAUUCUCCCACA